AAGAAGGCUGCAAAGAUGAAUUCCAAGGCUUUGGCUUCCCUCUUCUUUGCAGUUUUCAUCCUCUCUUCCUCAGCCGCCAGCGCCUUCAACAUCACCAGGCUCCUCGGCCAGUACCCGCAAUUCAGCACUUUCAAUGAGUUUCUAAACCAAGCCAAGCUCUACGAACAAAUCAACCACAGGCGGACCAUCACAGUCCUCGCCGUCGAUAACUCGGCCAUUGGCAGCAUUUCGGGGAAGCCCUUGGAUGUCCUCAAGAGGAUCCUGAGCUCACACGUCGUUCUCGACUAUUAUGAUGUCGAUAAGCUCCAAGACCUAUCGAAGAAAUCUACCCUGCUCACCACAUUGUACCAGACCAGUGGAACCGCCGUGAACCAGCAAGGGUUCUUGAACGUGACCAAACUGAACGGUGGAGAUAUCGUGUUUGGGUCCGCAGUGAAAGGAGCGGGCCUAGAUGCCAAGCUCGUGAAGGCCGUGGCUGCUCAGCCCUAUAACAUCUCGGUCCUUCAGGUUAGCUCGCCCAUAAUUGCACCAGGAAUUGACAUGGCUAACGCCACCACGCCGUCCGCUUCACCAGCAGCAACGCCCAAGAAGGCCCCCACUUCAAGCCCCGCCAAGGCCCCGGUUGUGGCCGAGACACCCGAAUCAUCAGAAGCUCCAGCUGCCGAAGAACCAGCCGCAGAUGCUCCCGCCGAUGCACCGGAAUCAGACACACCGGCCAGCUCUCCCCCAGCACCCGCUUCAGAUGCAGAUGCAGACGCACCAGCUCCCGCAAAAUCUUCAAGCUCUCGAGUGGCUUCGCACGUCGGUGUGGGCAUUGUGAUGGGUUUGUUGUCAGCGGUCGUGGCGUAAAUUUGUAGCCCGGUUCCGUUAAGCUUUUUCAAAACAAAUGUAUACAAUAUAGCUCUUUUACUUGUCCAAUUGCAGCAGAAUCCUGACAUUCACACAAUGAAGGACUGUACAAUUCUAAUCAA